UUCAUGGUCCAAAAAACAGUACCAAAGUAUUACCUUUUAAUAUCCUUACUGUACCAGGGUGCCAGCAUAUAAGUAAUGAUAGUAGCCUACAGUACUCAUAAAAUUAGGGAACAGAUGUGUUAUUAUGUUUUCUAUUUAAAGAAACUGGACAGAUAAGAGUGUGUUAAUGUGCAGACUGUUGUGUAGCUUUGUUUUCUCUCCCUAAAGGAAGCGGGGACUCCUCAAUCACGUCAUUCGGUGCUCAGGCGUUCGGCAGGAAGCAGUCUUUCCUCCCAGAGAGUUGCGCUCUUUUCCGCUUGCUCAAUGCUCUUCUCCGUCCAUAACCCGCGGAAGCCAGGCAGAAGAAAAAAUGCCGACUUCUGUAACGGAGAGAGUGUCUCUAAAAGUCUUUUUCGCCGUGUUUUUAACGGCUGUACAAAUGCGCACGAUCAGUGCGCUUCAGAUUCAACAGGCGUUUGCGUCUCCAAACGCCACCAAUAAUUUCGUGGUAGACGCGGUGUCACGCAGAGUUUACCUGGCCUCAGUUAACAGUCUGUACCAACUUAACGCGACGCUCGCGCUAGAGGUGGAGACGCGAACUGGACCCGUGCGCGACAACCCGCUAUGCCACGCGCCGCAGCUGCCGCAAGCGAUGUGCGAGUACGAGAAAACUCUCACGGACAACCACAACAAGCUCCUCGCGCUGGACCGCGAGCAGAAAGUGCUGGUAACAUGCGGUUCGGUGUACCAGGGCUUCUGCGAGCUGCGCAGCAUGGAUAAUGCGUCCCAAGUGGCAGUCAAGUUUCCACAGGAAGGAGCCACCGUGUUCCCCAGCAUGCUUAACAUCGUCGCCAAUCACGAGAACGCGAGCACCGUAGGGCUCAUCUUUCGAAGUCACGGCGGAGCGCCGCGGCUGCUUGUGGGAGCCACUUACACGGGCAUGGGAACCGAGUACUUCCCCAAAAAUCACAGCAAAGAAGACCUGCGCUUCGAGAACACACCAGAAAUCGCAAUCCGUUCUCUAGACACAAAAGAUCUCAACCGACUGUUUACCUACGACAUCAACCCAUCGGAAGAUAACGUCUUUAAAAUCAAACAAGAAGUUAAGCAGAAGAACAAGCUUAACUUUGUCCACGCUUUCAUUCAGAAGACUUACUCCUACAUCGCUAUUAACAAUGAUGCCAACACCGGUCUCAAAGAAAGUCAGCCCAACAGCAUCCUGGCGCGCAUCUGCCUGGAUACGGACGGUCCACGCCGGUCCUCAUCCACGGAGAGCCGCAAACUCACCGAAUCGUACAUCCAAAUGGGAAUUCAGUGUGGAUCUACUGGAAAUAUAUACAACCGACUCAUCUCCAUCUAUCCAGUGGAUAUCAGCACUAAAAACUCAAGGACACCAGAACCCUAUCUUUUUGGGGUGUUUGCCAGGGCGGGCAGGCAGUCAGCCGUGUGCGCGUUUCGGGUGGCGGAUGUGGAGGAGAUGAUUCGCCAGGGCCGCCGCAAUUGCUCAAGUGGCCCGAACAGCGACGUGCAGGUGCUGGACAGCGUCAUCCAGGGCUCAGGGGCCGAGUGCGAGGUUAAAGGGGCCAUCGUGCUUCAGCUAGAGCAGCUGAAUUGUGGUGCCGCUCACCUCCAACAUCCCUUGGCUCUGAGAAAACCCUUGAGGGUCCAACCCAUCUAUGAAGCUCCAGGGGUCACCUCUGUUGCUGUUGAAAAUGUGCAUAACCACACAGUGGUAUUUUUGGGGACAAGCAAUGGGCGACUACGUAAGCUGUCUCUGCUGGGUAACCUCUCUGUAGCUAACCAGUGGUCACUGAAACUCCCUGCUAAUGAUCCAGUGCAUCACAUCAUGACUUUUGACCCCAGCGACAAAAACUACAUGUAUCUCAUGACAACACACCAUCUCGUGCGUGUAAAGGUGACCAGUUGUGCCCAGUACAGCUCCUGUAAUGAGUGCCUGAGUGCCAGUGAUGCCUAUUGUGGCUGGUGUACAUUGGAUAGAAGGUGUUCGAUUCAGAAGGAGUGCUUCAGCGGAUCUUUGGCACGUUCAUGGAUCAGCACUGGGGACGGUGUUCAUCAGUGUCCAUCAAUGACCAUCACUCCAUCUGAAAUCAGCCGAUCUGCUAACAUCACGGAUGUGGGCAUUCUGAUAAACGGAAGUGUUCCAGAUCUAAAGGGUCUCAGGGUGGAAUGUGAUUACGGGGUUGGCAUAACUACAGGUGCAACUGUACAUAUGGACGAUAUCACUCCUCAAAUCCAGACUUGCCCUCUACCCCAUCCUGGCACAUAUCCCACAAUCCCCUUUGGCAAAGAUUACAUUACAGUGCCUGUGGCGAUCAAGGUUAAUGGCGUUCCUGUGGUUUCUGGAAGCUUUAUUAUUUAUGAGUGUGAACGGACUGGACAAAUUCACUUCAAAACUGCGUGCACAAGCUGUUUGAGUUCUGCAUGGCGUUGUUACUGGGACCGGCAGCUCAAUUCAUGUGUUUCCAAUAAAAAUACUACACAGGAUAUUAUAGAGGAUUCCAUGACUUGUCCCAGUAUGGUGGCAUAUAAAGUUCCCCCAUCACCCACAGGAUCGUUGCAGGUUUUCACUUUGGAACUCAACAACAUAGAACAUGGCACUGAGUUGGAGUGUGACUUUGGCAAUGGGCAGCUGUACACAGCUGAAUGGAAUGAUGGGCAGUCAUCUGUAAACUGCAGUGGAGUGACACUGGAAACUACAUUGUGGAGUGAGACAUUUUAUUUAAACCUAAGAAGAAAGGGAACAGGCAAAUAUAUAGACAGCCCACAACCAAUGGCAGUGGAGAUAUACAGCUGCACUGUUGGGGACAGUGACUGCUCGCAGUGUUGGGGUCGUGAGACACAGGGUCACCUGUGUGCCUGGUGUGAUAACAGCUGUCGCCCGAGAGACCAGUGUCAAAUUAUUACAAAACACUGCCCAGACCCUCAGAUACAGAAGAUUGAACCUCUCAGAGGGCCACUGAUGGGCGGGACGCUUCUCACAGUGCAGGGUAAAAAUCUUGGACACAGUGCAGAUCAUGUGAAUGUGUCUAUUGGCCAUGUGCCCUGUAAGAUACUGCCUGAAUACUACACUGUUUCAGUAAAGUUGAUUUGUGAGACUGCUGCAUCAUGGAAAAGUAUGAGUGAUUACGUUACAGUGAGCAUAGACAGCAAUGCUGUUGGCGUUUCAAGGGAAAUGUUCUCUUUUGUGGAGCCCAAACUACAAAACGUUAUGCCCAGACAAGGUCCCCUCGCUGGUGGAACCAGACUCACUAUUGAGGGUGAAUUUCUGGAUGCUGGAUCCACGAUUAAUGUCAAGGUCAACAGUACUCAGAGCUGUGCCAUCUUCAUGCAGUCUAGUUAUGUGAUCAAGUGUGUGAUGCCACCAGUGGUGCCCCCUGUUGCAGAGAGUGUAUCAGUGUGUGUGGUGUAUGAUGGCCAACCAUGUCACAGUGAUUCACCAAAUUUUACAUUUUCCUAUGAGAAAAACCCUACAAUCAAUGACAUUAAACCCACCAAAAGCUACAUCAGCGGUGGUCGCAACAUCUCAGUCAUUGGACACAGCUUUCAUCUGGUCCAGUCUGUGAUGAUGGAGGUUUCUGGAAUAGGACAGACGAACUGCUCCUGUGUUUCAUCUACUUUGAUCGUGUGUCAGUCUCCUGCGGCCAGUCAAUCCCAGCAGGCCACGGCUCAAUUCUAUUUUAAUGAGGUGCUCUACAGAAGAGAUGAUGCAUCUUCAUCAGGUCAAAGCCUAGAAGAGGAUGAUGUGCCCCAGACCGGUCACUUUCGCUUUGACUACGUUGAAGACCCACAGUUUUAUACAGCAAACAAAGAGAAACUUAUUAAACAUCAUCCUGGAGAACCUCUCAUCCUUAUCAUUAAUAAAGGGCCAAGUGAGUUGGAUUUGACACCAGAGGAAUACUCGGUGACGAUUGGCAGCGACCUCUGUGACAUCACGUUCCAUAAUGACCAGCUCUUCCAUUGCACCAUCAACAGAUCAUUGAGUGCCAGCACUGGAGAUCUGCCCGUAACUGUAAAAGUGGGUCAUUUUCAUAAGGUCAUAGCGAUGGUGCAGAUGGGUGGAGGCAGUGAACUGGCCAUCGUGGUCUCCAUUGUGGUCUGCUGUGUGCUUCUCUUGCUUUGCACCGUGGCACUGGUGGUGUACUGCACAAAAAGCCGCAGGGCAGAGAGGUAUUGGCAGAAGACUCUGUUACAGAUGGAGGAGAUGGAGUCACAGAUCAGAGAAGAGAUACGUAAAGGUUUUGCAGAACUGCAGACUGAUAUGACAGAUCUGACCAAAGAGCUGAACCGCACACAGGGAAUCCCAUUUCUGGAGUAUAAGCAGUUUGUGACACGCACCUUCUUUCCUAAGAUGUGUUCUGACUAUGAGAGACGUCUAGUUCAGCCUGUCUAUGAGAUCAGUCCUCUUGGUCCACGGGCGGUAUCUGAAACUCAUCCUCUACUGCCGGACUGUCAGUCUUCAAACAGCACACGACCCAAUAUGGAUGAGGGCAUCACAAUGUUUUCCACUCUUCUCAGCAACAAACACUUUUUGGUCACUUUUGUUCAUGCACUGGAGCAGCAGAAAGACUUUGCAGUGCGAGACAGGUGCAAUCUAGCCUCUCUGCUUACUAUCGCCCUCCAUGGUAAACUUGAGUACUACACCAGCAUUAUGAAGGACUUGUUGGUGGAUUUGAUUGAUGCUUCAGCCUCCAAAAACCCCAAACUGAUGCUCCGACGAACAGAGUCAGUGGUGGAGAAGAUGCUCACCAACUGGAUGUCCAUCUGCAUGUACAGCUACCUUAAGGAAACUGUAGGUGAGCCAUUCUUUCUGCUGCUGUGCGCCAUCAAACAGCAAAUCAAUAAGGGUUCGAUUGAUGCCAUCACUGGAAAGGCACGCUAUACACUUAAUGAAGAGUGGCUUCUGAGGGAAAACAUUGAAGCCAAACCACAGAACGUUAACGUGUCGUUCCAAGGGUUCGGCAUGGACUCUGUGACCGUACGUGUGAUGAAUACAGACACUAUCUGCCAGGUGAAAGAAAAGAUACUUGAAGCAUUUUACAAGAACCUGCCCUUCUCUCAAUGGCCAAGGGAAGAGGAUGUUGACCUGGAAUGGUUUCCAGAGGGCAAGAGGAGUCGAAUUCUGCAAGAUCUGGACGACACAUCUCUAAUGGAAGACGGCAGAAAAAAACUCAAUACCAUUUUUCACUAUCAGAUCCCAGAUGGGGCAUCACUGGCCAUGAGUAUGAAAGAUAAGAGAGAGAACACACUGGGCAGAGUUAAAGAUCUGGACACAGAGAAAUAUGUUCAUUUGGUUCUGCCACAUGAUGAGCAAACAGAGACCAGAAAGUCCCACAGGCAGAGCCACAGAAAGAAAGUGUUACCUGAGAUCUACCUGACACGUCUGCUCUCUACCAAGGGAACCCUUCAGAAGUUCUUAGAUGAUCUUUUUCAAGCCAUCCUCAGCAUUCCGCCUGAGAAACCACCAUUCGCUGUAAAAUACUUCUUUGACUUUCUAGAAGAACAGGCAGACCAACGCGGCAUCACAGACCCCGACACACUGCAUAUUUGGAAGACUAAUAGUUUGCCUCUGCGGUUCUGGGUGAACAUACUGAAGAACCCUCAGUUUGUUUUUGACAUUGAAAAGACGGACCACAUGGAUGCUUGCCUGUCAGUUAUUGCUCAGGCUUUCAUUGAUGCAUGCUCACUCUCUGACCUACAGCUAGGCAAAGAUUCUCCCACCAAUAAGUUGCUGUAUGCCAAAGAGAUCCCAGAGUAUAAAAAGAGGGUUCAGUGUUACUACAAACAGAUUCAGGAGAUGGCACCAUUGAGCGAGCAAGAAAUGAAUGCUCACCUUGCUGAGGAAUCACGGAGAUACAGGAAUGAGUUCAACACAACCCUGGCCUUAACUGAAAUCUACAAAUAUGCCAAGAAAUAUCGCAGUCAGGUGGUGUAUGCCCUAGAGUCUAACCCUACAGCUCGACGCACUCAACUGCAGCACAAGUUCGAGCAGGUCAUUGCACUAGUGGAAGACAACAUCUAUGAGUGCAGCAGUGAGGCCUGAGCUGCAGUCAAUCAAAUCACAAAGCCCAGAGAUCUGAGCCAAUCAGAAGCCAGCUCCUGUGCCUCCAAACCAAUGAAACACAUUCCACGUUCCUGUUGAAAAUGAAAUGUGGCCUUAUUUAAGUUAAUUACAAGUUAACCUCUACCUAAUUUAAUGUGGAUGUUGCACAUACAGAGUAAGAAACUCUCUUAAUAUUAUUCUACUGAUUCUUGCUAAAAUUAGUUUAGCUGAUUGGUCAUUUUCAUUUGUAAAACAAUCCAGAUACAGGGUGUGUAAUAUUGACUUCUAUUGAUAGGUUGACGACUCAGGGGCCCUAAGGUCCUGCGGUAAAUAACGCACUGACCCCACACUGGGGGAGAGCCAACGAUAAUGCACUGGAUUAUCUAAAAAAAUUCUAUAGCAAUAUAUAUAGCUGUUUAUAUGAUGUUUUAUUACGUGAUUGAUGAUUCAAUGUGAAUAAGGUUUCUGGUGGGAUAUUUGUAUUCUUCCAUCUUUUUAAAUGGCAGAAUCUUUUUGUCAGUCCAGACAAAUCAGACCACAACAUUAUGAUAUGCAUAUGAAUGGGACCAUGUUGCAUAUGUUCUUAUUGUUUGAAGGGUUUAGGUUUUGGGGUUAAGACCAAAGCAAAACAUAUAUGCAUAAUUCUGUAUAUAUUCUUCUGAAAAACUUGUUUAAUGUCUUUAAUUUGGACAAAUAGGGAAAUUUUAUGGAAUAAAGCCUUAAACAUAACUAAACCAUUGUUUCAUAUGCAUUGUUAUUACACAUUUUCAUGCAGAUGCAAUCCCAUGGACAAAAAGAUGACAGCAGCUCAGCUAAAAAUGAAAUUAGGCAUUAUACUUGGGCAUAAAAGGCUACAAACUUUACCAAUGUUUGUAAUGAAUAAAACUCAAAUCGCCGACAGCACGUCUGCCCUACCCACUGCGCAGAGCACUACCCACUAGACCAGCGGUAAUGAUGAUUGGAUACAUAAGAAAUGUAAAGGCAACCGGUCAGAUGUAAGAGCAUGGCCACAAAGGCAGAUAUUAGUCACUUAAGGAUAUUUAUAUAAUUAAAAUGACUGCAAAGAAAAAUAAUACCGCUCAUAUAAAUGCAAGUGGAUAUGCCAAAAAUCCACCCUUGGU